AGUCCAUUGGGUGGCGCAAAAGCUUCACGAAACAACAUGGCUGCACUCGACAUGAAAACCAGGAAGUAGCUUCUUCCUUCGCUCCUUUGCUUUGAAAGAUGGAGCAAACUCUAACCGAGCCCCGUCAAAAGACAUUUACCUGCCAGUUGUGUGAUUUAAGCAGCCCUUUCACUUACUACGGCCAGAAACCACCAAACACCAGAGCCAUUGUGCUGCUGGAGGAGUGUUUUGUGACCCAGGACCCCUUCAGUCCGGACAAGGAGAAGUUCCUGGUGUUGGGCUCAACCUGCAGCCUGUGCAGCAAGUGUGUCUGUGUUGGAUCGGACUGCAGUCUUUUCUACACCAAGAGGUUCUGCAUGCAGUGUGUCAACAAACACUUGGACCAGUUCCCCCAUCAGAUUCAGGCUGAGCUGGCCAAGAAGAAGCAGAGCUCCAAGGCUGCCGUCUCGUGACAUUGAACAAGAGGUCCAAACAAGAACACUCAUUUGAAUGUGUCAAGGUGCUUUACCAGCACUCUUUGUACACACUUACACUGGACCAACACCAUCUGAUAAAUGAAAACACUCUGUAAUUGAUUACUUUUAUUUAAGUGGAAAAUUAACACCAUACAUGCUCAUGUCCAGGAAAGUGAGGCUGCUGCUCUAACCUUGAGGGUGUUAUUUGUUUUGAGAGAGUUUGGUAGAAGCAAGCAGCGGGUGUGACCACUGUUGCCGGACCCCUGAUGGAUUGUGGUUGUGGGCUCGGAGUCAGCCCCGCUGGAUUGCAGCAAUUAAAAAUAUGAUGUCAUGCACUGAUUGUGCACAAUACCCUACAGUUGCUCAACAAAAGAAAACUUAAAAGUGUUACUAAUAUUUGAUCACUCAUGGUCAGCCCAAUUCAGCAACUAUUCCAUGCCUCUUACAAACUGUUUAUUACUGUACAAUUAUGUAUGACUCAAAAGAUGUGGAAGUAGUAGCGUCUUUGAAGACUUGUUGCUAGGCAGAUUUAAACACAGAUUCAUGUCUCGAAAUUAAUAAGUUGUCUCCAUUUUAUCUUUAA